AUGCAGCUUGUUCCGAAGGAGCUGGACAAGCUCACCAUCGCGAACCUCGGGUUUUUGGCCCAAAGACGUCUUGCCCGAGGUGUGCGACUUAACCAUGCAGAGGCAGUGCUUAUUCGUGAUGGUCACUACUCCGUUGCCGAUUUGAUGUCCAUCGGAAAGACCAUGCUCGGCCGUCGACAUGUCCUCCCCUCCGUUGUUGCAACUCUCGUCGAACUCCAGGUUGAGGGUACCUUCCCCUCCGGCACAUACCUGGUUACUGUGCACCACCCCAUCUCCAGUGAUGAGGGUGAUCUCGAACGUGCCCUAUAUGGCAGUUUCCUGCCUGUCCCGGCCGCCGCGGCCUUCCCGGACCCAGACCCAGAGGAUUUCUUGCCGGAGAAGAUGCCCGGUGCAGUUAUUCCUGUGAAGAACGCACGUGUGAAGUUGAAUGAUGGACGUAAACGAAUUAAGCUCAAGGUUAUGAGCAAGGGAGAUCGACCUAUUCAAGUCGGUUCUCACUACCAUUUCAUCGAAACAAACCCUCAAUUGCACUUUGAUCGCAUUCAAUCGUACGGAUUCCGACUGGAUAUCGCGGCUGGUACCUCGAUCCGUUUUGAGCCCGGUGAUACUAAGACGGUUACUUUGGUCGAAAUCGCCGGAAACAAGGUCAUUCGCGGAGGUAACUUUUUGGCGAAUGGUCCAGUGGAUAUGAGCCGUGCCGAGGAGAUUGUGUCGAAAUUGCAGGUUGCUGGUUUUGCACAUGUGCCCGAGCCCAUGGCCGAUAGUGCUUUGAUUACUGGAUUCUCGAUGGAGCGGGAGGCAUACUCUCGCAUGUUUGGUCCUACAACUGGUGACCUGGUUCGUCUUGGCUUGACCAACUUGUGGGUGCAGGUUGAGAAGGAUAUGACUAGCCAUGGUGAUGAGUGCACCUUUGGUGGUGGUAAGACUGUUCGUGAUGGUAUGGGUCAAGCAUCGGGCCGCUCUGCUUCGGAGUGUGUUGAUACUGUUAUUACAAAUGCGUUGAUCAUCGACUGGACUGGUAUUUUCAAGGCCGAUAUUGGUAUCAAGGAUGGUUUGAUUGCUGGAAUUGGCAAGGCUGGUAACCCGGAUGUCAUGGAUGGUGUGCACCCUGAUCUGGUUGUUGGUGCUUCCACCGAUGUGAUUGCCGGUGAGAACAAGAUUGUUACUGCUGGUGGAUUCGACACACACAUUCACCUGAUCUGCCCCCAACAGGUGGAUGAGGCUCUGGCUUCGGGUAUUACCACUUUCUUGGGUGGUGGUACUGGUCCCAGUACUGGAUCGAACGCCACAACCUGCACUCCAGGCCCGAACCACCUUCGUCAGAUGAUGCAGGCGUGCGACAGCCUGCCAAUCAACAUUGGUAUUACUGGAAAGGGUAACGACUGUGGAAGAAUCAGUAUUGAGGAGCAGAUCAAGGCUGGUGCAGCUGGUCUGAAGCUACACGAGGAUUGGGGCUCUACCCCUGCCGCUAUUGACAACUGCCUGACCCUCUGUGACGAGUAUGAUGUGCAGUGCAUGAUUCACACCGACACAUUGAACGAGUCUGGAUUCGUUGAGCAGACUGUCGAGGCCUUCAAGGGCCGAACCAUCCACACAUACCACACUGAAGGAGCCGGUGGUGGUCACGCGCCAGACAUUAUCUCCGUCGUCGAGCACCCCAAUGUCUUGCCCAGUAGCACAAACCCCACCCGUCCUUUCACUCUUAACACUUUGGAUGAGCAUCUGGACAUGUUGAUGGUCUGCCAUCACUUGUCAAAGAACAUCCCCGAGGAUGUCGCCUUCGCGGAGAGCCGUAUCCGUGCGGAAACCAUUGCCGCCGAAGACGUCCUCCACGAUCUGGGUGCUAUCAGUAUGAUGUCCUCCGACUCCCAGGCCAUGGGCCGCUGUGGUGAGGUCAUCCUGCGCACCUGGCACACCGCACACAAGAACAAGAUGCAGCGCGGACCCCUUCCUGAAGAUGCAGGCACAAACAACGACAACUUCCGCGUGAAGCGUUAUAUCAGCAAGUACACCAUCAACCCUGCCUUGGCACAGGGUAUGGCACACUUGAUCGGUAGUGUGGAGGUGGGCAAGAUCGCCGAUCUUGUUCUCUGGAACCCCAGCAACUUCGGUACCAAGCCCGUGCAGAUCCUGAAGAGCGGUAUGAUUGCCGUGGCAGAGAUGGGAGACGCCAAUGCCUCGAUCCCGACCAUCGAGCCUAUGGUGAUGCGUCCCAUGUUCGGUGUCCGCGUCCCAAGUACAUCGAUCAUGUUUGUUUCGCAGGCAUCUAUCGAUGAGGGUAUCGUUCAGACAUACGGUCUGAAGAAGCGUAUCGAGGCUGUUAAGAAUUGCCGAAGCGUCGGAAAGAAAGACAUGAAAUUUAAUGACACGAUGCCCAAGAUGAAGGUUGAUCCGGAGAGUUAUACUGUCGAAGCAGACGAGCUACUGUGUGACGCCGAGCCGGCAACAGAGUUACCCUUGACACAAGCGUACUAUAUCUUCUAG